UAGAAGAAUGCAAUUAUUGUUAAGUUAGCAUGUAAUUAUAAUUAGUUGCUGGAUGACCAAAGAGAACUAGGAUGAUAUAAAAAAAAGAAACUGUAUCUACUUACUUAGAAGAACAGUAUAUCACUAAUAAAUUGUGACUGGUGCACAAUAUGCUGCACCAAUGCUGCUGCUGGGUACGCUGUGUGUGCACAGAGAAUUCAUUGCGGAUGGAAAGCGUACUGUAAGUUGUAUGCCACAAAUAUGAACUACGCCGCGGCAUUGCGAAACCCUGGGUCACCCUCGUCUUAGCUUCAAGAAUCAUUCACUUGAAAGGGCAACAGAGUAUCGUCAACAAGAGAAGAAACUCGGCAGAUCGAUGUGGGGUCCCCCGAGGAAGACGGCAAGAAGAAGAAACACAAUAAGAUCAAGACCUCCAAGUACACUGUGCUCAUGUUCUUGCCUAAGAACCUGAUGGAACAGUUCCGAAGAGUGGUGAACUUCUACUUCUUGAUCGUCACCAUUAUAGCUGUCAUUAUAGACAGUCCGGUAUCACCACUAACAAGCAUAGCUCCCCUAAGCUUCGUGGUGCUCGUGACUGCCAUAAAGCAAGGCUAUGAAGACUGGCUGAGACACAAGGCCGACAACAAGGUCAACAAUCAGAUAGUGGAAAUAGUCCACAAAGGCGUGAUUAAAGAAGUCCGGAACUCCUCGAUCGCGCCCGGCACCCUCGUUCGCGUGAAGAGAGGCAAAGAGGUCCCAGCUGACCUGGUCCUUCUCUGCUCAGCUGGCGAAAAGGGAAAGUGUUACGUCACUACAGCUAAUCUUGAUGGGGAAACGAAUUUGAAGACUCUGAGGGUACCUCCUCCGUUAGUGGCCUUCACGCCAGAUAUUCUGCCUCAAGGCAUGCGAAUAGAAGUACCGCACAAUGUGCCAGAUCUCUACACGUUUUUUGGGCGGUUGGAGAUCCCUAACCAGGACAGCUUGGUGCUAACGACCGACCAUCUUAUGCUGAGGGGGUCCAGGGUCAAGAAUACUGAGUGGGCGAUAGGAUGUGCUAUUUAUACUGGCGAAGAAACAAAACUGGCACUCAACUCAAAAUACUCAGGAAACAAAUUCUCAUCGAGCGAGCUGGCGAUCAACGAGUCCCUCCUAUACUUUAUAAUUCUCCUAAUAGUUGAAAUUGUAAUCUCUUUGGGUGCUAAACUGUUUAUUGAACGUCGGCACCCCGAGAGAGACAAAUACUUGGGCCCGGGCACUCCAUACCCGGCCCCUCUAAGCUAUAUUCUGCAAGAUCUAUUCUCCUUUCUUCUGCUGUAUUACUACAUUAUACCAAUGUCGUUAUACGUCACUAUUGAGCUGUAUAAAUUUAUUGGGUCAUUAUUCAUCGCCUGGGAUGAAGACCUCCGGUGUGAGGAAACAGGCAAACCCGCGGUAGCGAACACGUCAGAUUUGAACGAGGAGUUAGGGCAAGUGGAAGUGCUAUUCUCCGACAAAACGGGCACUCUUACUAAAAACCUUAUGGUGUUCAAAUCAUGCUCCAUAAAGGGGAGAAUGUAUGAAGAAAGGAGUUCCAGACUUUAUGAUGUCGAAAGGUUGGACGAACCUGUGGAUAUUGGUCAGACAGACAUCAAAUUCUUCUUCAAAAUCCUCGCUCUCUGCCACUCAGUUCAAGUUUCGAACGAAGACAUGAAGAAACUGAGCGCUCGUCUCUCAGGGACUGGCAACUUGCAACUACUAAACUUCUUCAGAAGAAAAAAAAUCAAAGCAAGGACUAACGCUCCUUCCACUAACGUCAUAGACAAUGUUACUUGGAACAGUAUAAUAAAUGAGAAUGGUAAUAAAAUGGAUUAUCAAGCAAGUAGUCCGGAUGAAAAGGCUCUUGUCGAAGUAGCCGAAAGAGUGGGGGUUACGUUUUUAGGGGAGGAGGGGAAUGACUUGGUGAUAAAAGUGGGGGAAUUAACGGAGAUGUAUGAGCGACUGCAAGUGAUUGAGUUUUCUUCGGAGAGGAAGAGGAUGUCGGUUAUAUUGAGGGAUAAGGAUGGAAAGAUUUGGCUGUUCUGCAAAGGAGCAGAAAGUUCAGUAUUUCCUCUGUGUACCAAUAGUACAUUAGUCGAGGAAACGGAUAAAGAUAUUAACACAUUCGCUAACAAAGGUCUCAGGACUUUAGCUAUUGCGUACCGAGAGAUUCCUGAAGAUGAAUAUGAGAGAGUUAAUGAAGCAAUAAAAAGUUUAGACGGUAAAAGCGCAGACGCGCUACAACUAGUCACACAACAAUACAGGGUGUUAGAGAAAAACCUCACGUUGUUAGGAGCUACUGGCGUUGAAGACUGUUUGCAAGACGAUGUGGCUGACACGCUCGCGUCGCUCAGACGAGCGGGGAUCAAGACUUGGGUGCUUACCGGGGAUAAGGUAGAAACAGCGAUCAACGUCGCCCAAUCCUGCGCCCACAUAUCAGAAAACGACCGAAGAAUGUUUAUGAUAGGUGUAGCCGACAAUAUAGCUUUACAGGCCCAUUUUGAAGAAUGUAGACGAAUUAUUAGCGAACCUAGUUACAGAGACUUGACUUUAGUUGUCGAUGGCUCUAGUAUGUGUUUGGUGUUGGACACCCCUUAUGCCCCUGCUUUCGCGGAAAUAGCUGUCAAUUGUCAUGCCGUGUUGUGCUGUAGGUUGUCGCCGAUACAGAAGGCUAAGAUAGUAAAAUUAAUAAAGAACAGUCCAAGUAGGCCGAUAACAGCAGCUAUCGGAGACGGCGCGAAUGAUAUAUCGAUGAUACAAGAAGCUCACGUCGGCUUCGGCAUCCUCGGGAGAGAGGGACAUCAGGCCGGAAGAUCCGCUGAUUUUGCCAUCACAAAGUUUUCUAUGAUAAAGAAAAUGUUAUUAGUGAUGGGGCACUGGUACUAUCAGAGGCUGGCCACACUUAUACAGUAUUUUUUCUAUAAGAAUCUAGUCUUAGGGAAUAUUAUGUUCCUAUUUCAAAUCCACACAGUAUUUUCAACGCAGUCGAUCUUCGACUCGAUGUACCUGACGUUCUACAACUUAGUGUUCACAUCCGUACCUGUGCUCGUUCUCUCUGUCACCGAGCAACGGUGGCCUGCUAGCUUAUUGGCCAGCAACCCAAUCCUGUACCGCGACAUCAGCCGCAACCGUCUGAUGUCGUGGCAGUACUUCGUGGCGUGGUGCCUGUCGGCCACCUACCACUCGCUGGUGGUGUACUGGUUCGCCUUCGCCGUCAUACAGUACUCCGUCAUCAGCAUCGAUGGCCGCCCCGUCGAUCUGUGGUGUUUCGGUGCGAUAAUAUUCCACAUGAUGACGAUAGUAGUGAACUUGAAGCUGUGGCUUCAGACGCGGUACCACACACUCAUCUUCGUGGCGUCCAUCUUAGUCUCCAUACUGCUAUACAUGGGCUUCAAUGUCGUCUACUCUGUUGUAUACUUUCCAAUAGACGGCGACGUGCUUGGAACAUACAUACGGCUGCUUGCAGCUCCAACAUUUUGGUUCCUGAAUCUUUUGGCGAUACUAGCCUGUCUUAUACCUGACUUCGUAGUUAGAAUCUUAUCGGAUCGGUGGGGAUUCAAAACCGUGCAGCGAACUCCCACUAGACCAUCUGUAUUUACUACCAGGCUAUGAUAAGUUGUUUAUAAGCAAACACAUUUAAAAAAUAGAGGAAUUGAAAACUUCUUCUUGGGAAGUCGGUCAAAAAUACUUAUUAUGACUCAAGAACGGCUGAAAAUUGGUGAAGAGAGGUAGCUUAAACCCGGGAUAAGUAAAAAGCAUUUUUAUCCCUAUCCGGCAGAUCCCUCAGGACGUGGGUGUAAUUGUGGGUUUAACCUAGUUUUAGAUAGAUAAAAUAUAUUGUUUUGGAUCGAAAGCAGCGCGGAUUCCUAAGACAAAGUCCUUGUAAUUUGUUAUCCAAUUUUGUAGAUGAAUAAAAUUGCUGUUAACUAAUAGUGAAUUUAAUAACGAUAAAGUCAUAAUCUAUAAUAUAAAAAUGAAUCGCAAAAUAUGUUGGUAAGCGCAUAACUCAACAACGCCUGGACCAAUUUGGCUAAUUCUUUUUUGUUGUGUUUGUUAUUGUCAGGAGAAGGUUCUUAUGAAAAAAAAAUAGGGUAAAGUAGAGAAGUCAGUUGACGGGAGCGAAGCCGCGGGCAAAAGCUAGUAAAUAAUAGAAUUAACAUAUCACGAUAAAUAUUUGAAAUACUACAUGGACAAGUAGGUAGUAAUUAAUAUAAUUUACGUAUUGGAAUUAAAAGAAAAUAUAUGUUUCUAAGUAAAUAUUACAAAAUUAGUACAAUAUGGUUUGAGGAACUCUUGUGAUAAAUACAGGGUGUAGUUUCGUAGGUAUAUAUAAUAUACACUAGUACUAUAUAUUAUAUAGAAAAAAUACGUAAUAGAAAAAAUACCGUAAUACGAUGGCUGCAACGUCAUACCUAAGGGUACUUAAAUAUUCAUGUUUACUAUAAAAUGGAUUAAGUAAGAAUUUGAUUUGUUAUAAAAUUUUCUUCUAUAUGUAACAGAUUAAAUACAAUUAAUUUAGCCCUUUGAGUCGGGUGAGCAAAUUAAGGUGAGCAGCUUUAAGCAAAUUGUUUCGCCGACAAACUGGGGGUUGUAGUGAAUCCUGUAUUUAAAUAUUAUAUAGUCCUAUUCAGUGUAUUUGAAUUAAAUCUACUUUAGAUAGCAAAUUAAUAAGUGUAAUUAGUAAUUUACUUUGUAUGUAUAGGCACAGCCUUGAUUAAUUAUUUCCUAAUAAAUAUGUUAGGGGGAAAUAAUUUGAAAAUUGGUGCUCUUAAAAUAAAGUAGUUGACUAGUCAUAUAAUAUAGUCUUUUGAGUUUCUUAUUAUUUAUCAAAUACUAAUGUGAUUUGGUAUAAGUAAGAGUAUACACGAAGUCAGUAUACUAUAAAAUGCUACUGGUGAUAGCUAUUUAUUUUGCUGCCAAACAACAUUAUACAAACUUAAGUAAAUUCUAUACUGUAAAAAUUGAGGUUAUGAAGAUAGAUAUAUGUUCUAUUUGGUAUAAAUUAUAUAGAUUUAUUUAUCUUUCUGUGUCGAUAUUUAUUAGCAUUAGCUAGUAUAAGUGCUACUCUUAAGAAUUAUUAAUAAGCAGUGCAUUUAUUAUGAGAGAUUGUUCAGAAACAAUACCUAAUACCUACAUUAAAAAUAGAUAUAAGUAUAUGCACUUUAUUUUUCUCUUAUGACAAAACACUUAACUUUCGUAGCAAUAAAUUAAAUUAAGAUUAUCCUCGCUAAAGUUACGUAAUAGUUAGUUGUAAAUAUUAUUUAAAGAAUACUUAUUAUAUUAUUUGACCAAUAAUUUUAAAUUAAAUGAAUUUAUUUUUUAAUA